AUGGCACACAGCUAUGAAGGAGGAAUCCCUGCCUGGGUAUAUCUGGGAAGCCUGCUUGUGGCUCUUUGCUUCCAACCCAUCACCGUUGGAGGAGGUAAGGUGACUGUGCGACAGACUGCACUGCAUUGCGAUCAACUGUUUACUUUGUCUAUUUUAGUCACUCUGCCACUUUCCUCUCACUACAGUGCAUAAAGAACAUCCGUUUUAUUUCCUAUCCUAUUUACAUUUCUUAUCCUAAAGAAGGGUAGGAAAGAGAUACAACUCUGUUUUAGAGGAAUAUCUCCUCACUCAGUGUGUUGGGGAAAACGGUAGUGGGACACAUUGCAUGUGGGUUGCUCUCUUUAAGCCCUCAGGCACUGGGUUGAGUAUUGGAACAGCAGUACUAUCCCCCCAGUUCCCACAUCCUAUCUCUGUCUGUCUGUGGUGUUUUGCAGAGAGAGCCUGAGAUGUUUGUUUUUGUGCUGCCUUUGUGAGUCAGAAUCGAUAAGGAUGCUAUUUUAGAGACUGAAGAAAAUGCUCCUUCCUAUAUUGAAGGUCUUGACCUGGGAAGCAUCAAUUGAAUUGCACUUUAUUUCAGGCUAUAAUGCCUUCAUCUUGCAUGGAAGUUUCUUCCUCAUGCGUUUUGUGUGCAGAAUCCUCACACACACUGUAGGAUUUUUCAGUGAGCAUAUAUCUAUGUUUAAUUUAGGGGAUUCAACCCCCCAGCUUCUAAAACUCACUGUGCUUAACUAGAGGAGACAAUUCUUAAUAUUUUAUUAAUAACAUCAUCCUCAGAUGUAUCCAUUUUUCUGAAGUUCACGCUUCAAUCUAUUGUAACAAAUGGAAUGCUUGAUUACAGCACAUUUAAAUUCGGAAGUAAAUUAGCCGAAACAAAUCAAUCUGUCACAAUUAAAUGGCAUGUUAACCUAUCACAAUUAAUAUGCUUGCAAAAGUCAAAUUGAACUUCUGAAGUACAAUUUUGUUUGAGCUCGGUGAAUGACACAAAUUCCACAAAUGCAAUAUGCAAAUGCCAAAGUUAUUUGUCAAUGGCCCACAAGCAUCAGCUGCCGUCACGGAGAUGUAGGCUAUAGGUUAGUUGUGUUUAUUGAACUGAACAAAGGUUGCUUUGAAGUGGAGGUGCAUGAUUAGCCGACAGUGGUGAUAUGAAGACUGGGGGGGCAGUGAGGCAGCUAAGGGAGUGGAGGGGCAGGAGUCUUUCUACCCCUGUGUCUCAUUAAACCUACAGUAACAGGAGGAAGCAGCUGGUGUCGUUGGAGGCAGAGCAGGAAGGGCGUUAAAGAGAGUGAGCGUGCAGCUUGUCGUGCUGAGACUUUCUUUCAUGUGACUCUACAGUGUGCAUGUGACACUUGUGCUCAUCCUCAAGAAGACCCUGUAGUGAAGAAGGAGACAUCUUGUGCUCAACCUCACAGGAACCCUGUAGUGAAGAAGGAGACAUCUUGUGGUCAACCUCACAGGAACCCUGUAGUGAAGAAGGAGACAUCUUGUGGUCAACCUCACAGGAACCCUGUAGUGAAGAAGGAGGCAUCUUGUGGUCAACCUCACAGGGACCCUGUAGUGAAGAAGGAGACAUCUUGUGGUCAACCUCACAGGGACCCUGUAGUGAAGAAGGAGACAUCUUGUGGUCAACCUCACAGGGACCCUGUAGUGAAGAAGGAGACAUCUUGUGGUCAACCUCACAGGAACCCUGUAGUGAAGAAGGAGACAUCUUGUGGUCAACCUCACAGGAACCCUGUAGUGAAGAAGGAGACAUAUUAUGGUCAACCUCACAGGGACCCUGUAGUGAAGAAGGAGACAUCUUGUGGCCAACCUCACAGGGACCCUGUAGUGAAGAAGGAGACAUCUUGUGGUCAACCUCACAGGAACCCUGUAGUGUUAGUAAUAAAUCGAAUCAAUAAUAAUUUUAGCAGCAGCGUAGGUAUGAGGGAUCGCAGUGGUUAGCCAUUUAACAGUCUUAUAGCCAGGAAGUACAGUAGAAGCUGUUUAGCAGUCUGUUGGUCUGAGCCUUGAUGCACUGGUACCACCUGCCGUAUGGGAGCAUGGAGAACAGUCCAUGUCUCGGGUGGCUGGAGUCUUUGGCAAUUUUUCGGGCCUUUCUCAGAUAUCGCCUGGCAUGUACGUCCUUCCGGUUGAGGGGGUUGCAGUUGCCAUACCAGACGCCAAAUCGUAUCAGCCUCCUGAGGGAGAAGAGGCACGACUGUGCUGGUAUGAGAGGACCAUGUUAAGUCCUCGGUGGUGUGGACACCGAGCAAUUUAAUACAGUAUAUGAACACUAUAUUCAUGUCAUUAUCUGCAAAUAUGGGUUUAAAAACUAAUUUAAAAAAACUUUUAAAAAGUUGUUUAGUCAGGGGAUUAAAAAAACUGUUUUAGACAUGUCUGGUGCUUGUACAGUAUAGCCUAGGCAAAAUUGUACUUAAAGACAAGUAGCCUUUAGGUUUCAUAGCCUACACUAUUACCAUCCAUUAUCAUCCAUUAUUAUCAAUUUCACAUAGUCUAUUAACAGUGUGCUUUACGCUCCAAGAUGCUGACCCUAAACCCAAACCACGGGUAGGAUUUCCCCAUUAGCGACUGGGUCAGUCAUUUCUGAACUGCAGACGAACUCAGCGACUGUUCAAGUUUAUGGCCAUGUCAUCACUGCACUGUUAUUUAAGCUUUGGAGGGGAGAGUGCAGAGUGUUGAGGCUAGUAGACGGCUUGUCAUAAUGAAUGAUUGGUUAGAGGUUGUAAUUAAUUGUGAGAGCCAGGUGGGUUUAUAGGGACAGCAGGGCUUUUAUGUUUUAGAACGAUGUGUUGAGUUGCUCGAUAGUGGCACAUGUUUUAGAAGGAGGUGUCGAUUGGCUGAAUAGGGGUGUUUAUGUUUUAGGAAGAUGUGUUUAUUGGACAUUUGGAUAGGACUUGAUGGAUGUACCAGUGUUGUCAGGUAGGACAGGACGUCAAUCAGAGAGACUCAGGUGUCGAUACAUUGAUCAAGGAGGGUCUCACAUGGAUUGAGUAUCUGUUGGCUGAGUCUGUGUUGAUUGGCAGAAUGCUCAACUGCCAACUCAACAUUCAGUGUCAAAGUGAGUGAUGACUGGAGAAGAAGGGCUCUAUCUCAAUUUGUCUUUCCGCAAUUCCUCACCUCCUUCACAACCGUAUUGGAGGAGAAGGUCCAAGGGGAGGAUGCCAUACAGAAUAGAGAGUAUGGUAAAUAGAAAGAGGUUGCGAGGAAUCGAGGACAGAUGAAUUGAGAAAGAGCUAUGGUGUUUUCACUUGCAGUUGACCCAGUGUUGAACGGGAUCCCUUCAUCUUCUCUUCCUGUAGCCGCGCUGAAGCAGGAGGUGGCGCUGGAGAAUGGCGCCACAACGCUGAACCACUCCAUGGCAAUGGUGCAGCGCAUGGAGGGUCUGCUGGCCCAGGGCAAUGGCAGCGAUGUGGCCCUCCAUGUGCAGACGGUAAACACGGACGAGGUGAAGGUGAUCCAGGCGCACACGCUGGUGCUCUCGCUGCAGAGCGAGGUGUUUGAGGAGCUGAUGCUCAGCCGCAACGCCAGCACCGUGGUCCUGAGAGAGCCUGCUGACUGUGCUGCUGUCUUUGACAAGUUCAUCAGGUGAGGGGACCUGGAGGGGGGAGGAGACAUAAUGAGUGCACACCUCAGGGGGAUGGGGGAGGAACAGAAUUGGGCUAGUGAUGUUUCAUAUUUUGUAUAAAAAAGUGACCUCCUUUCAAGUUCAGUAAUGCUAAUGUUUCUGCAGACCGAUCUAGCCUUGUUUUAUCUCUGCAGGUACCUCUACUGCGGUGACAUCUCCGUGCGUCUGGACCAGGCAAUCCCUCUGCACAAGCUGGCCAGCAAGUACCGUGUGUGGAGCCUCCAGCAGGGCCUGAGCCAGUACAUGACGGGGCACCUGUCCAGCGACUCCCCGUCGGGCCAUGUGGUUGGCUGGUACCAGUACGCCAUGCAGAUCGGCGACGCCAACCUGAGGGACAGCUGCCUCCAGUACCUCUCCUGGAACCUGUCGUCAGUGUUGCAGAGCGGCGAGUGGGGCUCCAUCAGCGAUGACCUGCUGCUGUCCCUGAUGCAGCGCUCCGACCUCAUCCUGCAGAGCGAGCUGGAGCUCUAUGAGGCCCUGGAGGCCUGGAUCGGCCAGAACCAGCCGGCUGGCCUGACGGUGGAGAAUGCCCUGAGGCAGGUGCGCUACGGCAUGAUCCCCCCGCAGCACCUGUUCCGUCUGCAGAAGCAGUCGCCACUCAUGCUGAAAUACUACGAGUCCAUCCGUGACCUGCUCUUCCUGGCCUUCCAGUUCCACUCGGCCUCGCCCGUCCAGCUGGCCAAAUACUUUGACGUCAACUGCAGCAUAUUCACGCCGCGCAACUACCUGUCGCUGUCCUGGGGCUCGCCGUGGGUCAUCAACAACCCCACGCGCGACGACCGCAGCUUCAGCUUCCAGACCCAGCUGGGCCCCAGUGGCAGCGAUGCCAGCAAGCGGGUGACCUGGAACGCCCUGUUCUCCCCGCGCUGGCUCCCGCUCAGCGUGCGCUCCGCCUAUACUAAUGAGAUGCAGGCCACACGCACCGACGGCGGCCGUCCGCGCAUCAUCGUCACCCCAGCCACUUCCAGCCCCGACUUCGCCGGUGUGAGCUUCCAGAAGACGGUGAUCGUGACGGCGAGGCAGGGGGGUAAAAUGGUGGUUCGUCACGUCUACAACUUCCACCAGAGCACUGAGGAGGCCGGGGAUUUCCUGGUGGACGCCGACCUUCACCGCCGGGCGUCUGAGUACCUCAUUGACAGCUCCCUCUACCUGCACGUCGUG